UUGCUACCUAUAAAUUGCACUACAUAACCUCUUCAUUCUUCACUUACUAUCAAAUUCAUUCAUUCAUUCAAUCAAGCUUUAAAAAACAGUAUACCAAUCAAAUUAAGAAAAUGGCAAGCCGAGGUCAAGACUUCAGCUCCGGUGGUCAACCCCAAUUGAAGAGGGAUGAGCAUGCCAAUCAUCCAUCCCACCAAUCAAGGGGUCCUCAUGACCAAUCUGGCCAGGAUCAAUCUUACACUACUCAGGCCACCAACUUUCUUCAACAGACUGGGGAGCAAGUGAAGAGCAUGGCUCAAGGAGCUGCUGAGGCUGUUAAGAACACACUGGGAAUGACUGCAGAAAGCAGCCCGAACCCAAGCAACACGAGCCAUCCGAGCAACAAUCCAAGCAACAACCCUAGCAACCCUAGCCACUCCAUCAAUCAGCCGGCUACCAAUCCAGGCAACAACCCUAGCGACCUUAGCCACUCCAUCCACCAGCCAACCACCAAUCCAGGCGGUAAUGCAUCUCAUAGGAUUUGAAGACGGUCUCUUUGAUGUCACUAUAUAUGCACGAUGAUCAUGAGGACGGGUCAUUAUUUGUGCCUACAAUUAUUAAUUUUAUUUGAUCUUUCAUAUUCUUCAUAAGUUGUAAUGACAUGGGGCAUUUUGCCAUAUCCCUCUUGUGGAGUGGAGGCGAUUCUUUUUGUUAUUAGUUAAAAUCUAUGAGACCUACAAAGAGUCUCUUCGUUUUAUUGUUUUUUUUUUUUUUUUUGUUGGAAGGAAAUUAGAAAAUUGAGGUGAAUAAAAUAAUGCCUUAUUUUGUUGUCAA